AUGACUUACAGCAUGGCGCUAUCGAAACACUCUUCUGAUAUUGAGGUACGCCUUGACAGUUUUUGAUCAUAAAAAUGACAUUCUCUACGUAGGAACUUUCUCUCUUCCUUGGUUUCGCCUUGGACCAUGUGACGCACCAUUCUUAUGAAAGGAGCAGUUACGACUUCGAAGUGGGACUCAAUAUCACUUUAUCUCCUAUUAAUUUGAUCGUGAUUUUGUUGAUCGUGGUUUUAUUGUUACCAAUUUUCAUUAAGUGAGGCAUGACUACUCGAAUAAUUGAGCUUGAAAGAGAGAACGGCGUGCUGGUCAUAAGAUAGAAUUGGGGCGUAAGAUAGAAUAAUAUGUAUUGUCUGUAACUUGAACACUCGAUGUUAUAAGCUAGUUAGUCGAAGAAGCAUAUUUUGGGUAAUUAUUCGUCAGCUGGAAUCGUUGAGGUGAGUACAAUAGUUGUAAGUCUCGCGCAAUUUAGUUCUUAGCGUAGCUGUAGAGUAGUUGUGUAACUGUUUGAACGCGCGAUUUUUAUACUUUGUAGUACCUAUUUACUGAGGGGGAGGGCUGGACGGGAGGUCCGUAAGUCAUGACCGAGCGCUAGAUAUAUUAUUUUGGCCCUUUCUCUCAGUCAAUCAUACAAAAUUGACGAUCAUUACAAACUUAACAAUCAUUGCAAAUUGUAUCCAAAGCACGGCCAUGCCUCGAUCUACACCUCGCGAACUCAGAAAGUUGUCCAUUGUAAAUUAGGGGAUAUGUUCUGAGAUUGUUCAAAGUGAAACUCAGCACACAAAAUCCUUAUACUGAUUAAUCAAAUCUACAAUUAAUUUGAGAAACAGGAAGUCAUCUGUCACAUUUAUAUUGAAAACUGUAACAGUUGCAUAAGAACCCAGCAGUAUAUAUAUGACAUGAACUGUCCACAACACAGCCAUGAUCCAUAAACUGUCCCAUCACUCUUUUCAAUGACACUGUCCUGUAAGUGUUCAAUUAGAGCAUCACCAAUCACAAUUGAGAAUUUUGUUUGAUUAUUAUAGUUAAUUCCCCCUAUACUUCAUUGCCCACCCAAACUGAACAACAUCUUCAUCAAAAAGUAGCCUGUGCACAUUUUAAAACAAAAUAAUGCCAUUAUCAUUGGUGAAGACCUGCAAGUGCUGUGAAUUGUGAUUUUCCUUAAAAUGAGCCCAGUGAUACCUUUUUUUUUUUCACAAUUUUGAUGAGAGUUUUGUUUUUAUACAGAAAUACCUUAUAAACUGAAACUCAUUGUUGCAUUGUUAGCAAUGACUUAGAUUGAUAUUACCUGGCCCAUUUAUCAUAACAGAACCUACUUGCCCUCAAUCCCAAGACAAAGCCACACGCAAGUUUGGUUUCUACAUCAACAACAAAGUCCAACAGAAAAUUUUGGAAGAGGAAUCAGGAAAAGGGCUGUUCUGUAAGUGGCAGGUCUAUGUUAAUAUACGCAUUUGACGGUUAGCACAAAAAGUCAUUCUUAAGAUUAUUAGUGGAACCUCACUGCAAAUGCCAUAAUUGCUUCCUCUUAGAUGAUUCUUGAAAUGUUUAAUAGUGAUAAUUUUCUUAGCAAUUUCACCUAUACUUGGAAAGCUACAUUAAUUGUGCAGCAGGAUAUAAUGUUUAGUUAGUAAUGGAAUGCUUGAUAAUCAUCCAUUGCUCAGGUUUUCUGUACCUAAUUUUGUUGUUAUGUACAUUGUACUUUACAUUGAUGCAUAUUACACUUUUUGUAAUCCAUUGCUUUCAAUUGCAAUAUUGUGUGGCUGAUGCUUGUGGGCAAUAUAACACAGACCUGGAUUAGCUAAGUGCCAGGGCAAAAAGAGCAUCACAUUUCCACACUGCUCAUAAGCUGAUUAUGGUCUUUCCUUAUAAAAACCGGAAAGAUGACCGAUAUGAGUACAUGUACUGAAAAUUAAAGAAAGCAGCUACACAUGUGGGACACAAUGGAAAAAGGAAGCAGCUAAGAGUACAUUGAUUCAGAAGUAUUUACCUUGGAGAAAAAAUAACAACUCUGACAAGAAAACCCUGAGUUUAAUAGGUAACCAUCCAGAAUAAUUUUUUUGUGGGUCAACAUGCACAGGUAGAGGUUUCAGACUACCUGAAAGUUUGUGUAACCCUCAUCAUCUUUUCUGGAUGUUAUUUGCAAAGUUUUUGAGCUAUCGGUGGUAAGAACAACCUGGUGUGCUAAGUUAAUGCAUUUUUAACAAAGAGGAACCAAGGGCAAAAAUUCUUUCAAUUUAUUUAAUACGUUUCUUGAACUCAAUUUGUUAGAUUCCAUUGCAUGGCAGAAAUAUAUAGCUAUUAUUACAAAAAUUCAAAGUUUACUGAGUUGUAUGUGUAGCCAAGUCCAAAAAGCACUGGCAGAUUUGUCAUACAUCCAUAGCAGAAGACAAAAAAAGAUAAUUAUUUGUAAGAUUCCAAAAAUUGCACAUGAUAACCCUGUUAUUAAGUAGUUAAUAAUACUAUGCCUAUGGUAUUAAUAAAGGUGGGAUUGUUUACUUAAUUUACUCUCCAAAGACAAUCUGACUAACUGUCCAAACAUUAAAUCAGUAACUAAAUAGGGUCAUUUUACUUUUUGAUCAUGUUUUUUGAUUGAUCAUUUAGAGUUGUGAAAGUCUUGUGAACAACUUUGAUGAUGUCAAACAUACAACCUUGAGUGAAAGGGCAGCUUUAAGGGAGGCAGCAAGGUAUCUUAAAGGUUAUUUUUUGUACUUGUUGUAUACUUAUAUAUAUUUGACUGUGUAACUGAAUUUUGUAUUGCGCUAAGAUAUUUAAUAUGAGUUGUUAUGGGUAUCAAUAUCAUUUAUUAGGUUGCUCAUUUAUUUCAGCAACCUUGAUUUCCAUUGUUUGGGCUGUUGGUUGAUACGCUCCUACCAACUACUGUUAGUGGCUCGUUUUUUCUUUUGAUACUGAACUUUUGCCAAAAGAGUAUUUAAAAUGCCUUUCAAAGUGGUAAGAUUCCUUCCCCGAAUAAUUAACAAAUUUUAUUUGUAGUGAUAAUUCCAUUUCGAUAUAGGGUUUCUAUACCUAGUGUAAAGCUAGUUAAUGAUUAAAUGUUCAUUCAUCAUUCUUAUGUGAUUGUUCAGAGUGAAUGCUUUUUUUACAGAUGUCUCAAGUGUGCUGAUGCUCCUUGCCAGAAGAGUUGUCCAACACAGUUGGAUAUCAAGUCAUUUAUCACCAGCAUUGCCAAUAAGGUAUAAGCAUUUCUUGCUUAGUGAAACCUACCAACUGACAUUUCUUUUUAAUGUUCUGGAAUGGUUACAAAGUGUUACAAAUGAAAACUUUUGAAAAUGUAAAUGUUUUGGUCAGACUGAUGAGCAGCAAAAUGCAAUCAUGGCUUCUCUCUUUAGUUGCUAAUUGUAAAUAUGUAGCAGAUCAUGAUGUGGCUCUAUUAGGGUUGUUCCCACUUGGAUUGUUCUCAUUGUUGAUGUUUAAUAGAACUAUUACGGAGCAGCAAAGGCGAUCUUGAGUGAUAAUCCCCUUGGUCUGACCUGUGGUAUGGUAUGCCCUACAAGUGACCUUUGUGUAGGGGGCUGUAAUUUGUAUGCCUCUGAGGAGGGACCCAUUAACAUUGGUGGCUUGCAGCAGUUUGCUACAGAGGUAACUUAAGAUUUACUUUAGAUUUAGCUAUACUGAGCUGCUAAGAGAACUCAUAAACCAUCUUGAUUUUUAAAAUUAGGAAAUGUUUUCAAGUCUUAGUGUUCUGGUCAUUUUCACCUCCCAGCUUGAAAGGUAUGAGGUGGGAUCCUACCAAACCCACCUGGGAUUUGGAACAUCCACAGUGGAAUUUUGCCUAAAUAUUCAGGCUACAACCCAUAAAUUCCACCUGCAACUCCAGAUGGGAUUCUGCCUAAAUUUUCAUGUGAGAUCCCAUCAAUCCCACAGGCAGUGUCAAAAUUAGUUGACACAUUAUGUUUUGAGAGUUCCAUUUAUGUGUAGAAUAACACACCUGUUUCUUCCACACUUAUAAUCAUCAACAAGACCCACCUCUCCUAUUCAAUGUUGGCUAAAAGUUCAUGGAAUCAUGGUACAAUAUUGUUUUUGGGGGGAAGGGUGUGAAUAGAUUAACUUGACAGGGGCAAAAGAGAUCAAUUGAAGUAAAUGGGGGUUGACAAGAUCAAAGUGUCAACAUGCCAACUAUAGGUGCAACCCCAGAUGUGAUUGCAUUUUACUUGCCAUACAGUACCAGAUAGGAUCCUGCCUCACCCCCUUAUAUAAUCCAGGGUGGAAUCCUGCCUCAGCCCCCAUACAAUCCAAGUUGAGAUCUCAAAAAUAUCACCAAACUGUGAUAGGAUCCCUACAAUCCUAGGUGGGAUCCUUCUUUCCUCACUUGGGAUCCCAUCUUACAUCCCAUGUUACAGUCUUCUAGUGGGAUCCCAGCUGGGAAUAUUAAGCAUCCUAUACAAAAUCCAAGUUAAUAGGGAGCUUAUGAAUUGAUGACUUCUUUCUCAACGAUGACUUAAUGUGAUGUCAUUAACUUUGUCGUCGCCAUUUGUCAUUGCACGCCAAAUUUAGUUUACGAGUUGUGGACAUUGAUGUGGAGAUUUCUCACCAAAUUUAAGUCACAGACUGACUUUUUUUAUUUAGAAAUAGUUUUAUGAACAUGUUGAUUAAAAUGUCAAACUUCAGUAUGGAAGUAUGAUCAAUUUGAUUUGGAUGAGCUGGGAAAUGACCAGUGCAAAGCUGAAUUCCAAUUUUACAAAAAUGACAUUUUCAAACUUGCUGAAUAUCUUCAAUUACCUGAUGAGAUUGUUACUUACAACAGCCUAGUAGUUGGAUCAGCUCCUGCUUUAUGUAUCUAUCUCAAGCGCUUUAUGUAUCCUUGCCAUCAUGGGAACAUGGUUUCUCACUUUGCUAGACCUGUUCCGGAGCUUUGUAUUAUUACAAACUACAUGAUUGACUGGAUCUAUAACUGAUGGCAUCACUUACUCUCAAGAUAUAAUCAUGACCUGCUUUCCCCGGCAAAUCUUAUGUUUUAAGCUGAUCAGGCGAAGCUUUGGAAAGCUACAGGGGUUUAUUGAUGGAACAGUGCGGCCAGUGUGUAGGCCAGGAGAAAAUCAGAGAGCCAUUUUUAAUGGACAAAAAAGAAUACAUUCCAUAAAAUUCCAAUCAGGAGGGUUGCCUAAUGGGCUGGUUGGUCAUUUAUAUGGUUCAGUAGAACGAAAGUGUCAUGACAGUGGUAUGCUGACCUCGUCUGGGCUUUUACAGGACCUGCAAAGAUUUUCUAAUUCACCAGUUACUGGUUUACCCAUGUGUGUGUAGGGUGACCCUGCAUACCCUCUUAGAGCACACUUACAGGGACCUUACAAGGGAGGAGUGUUGACACUACAUCAACAAGAAUUCAACAAAUCUAUGAGCAGUGCCCGUGUUUCAGUUGAAUAGGUUUUUAAUGAUGUAAUCAAUUGUUUCAAAUUUUUGGAUUUUAAAAAGAACCUUAAAGUUGGUUUAAGUGCUGUGGGUAAAAUGUACAUAGUUCAUGCCCUGAUGCAAAAUGCCCACACUAUUUUAUAUGGUUCUGUUACCUCAGAGUACUUUGGUAUCAAUCCACCAGCUUUAGAUGACUAUUUCAUCUAACUAUUAGAACGAUAAAACGUGAAAGGGAUUACACAAGCAAGGACAUACAUCAGGAUACAUUUCAAAAUCAAACAUUUCAUGAUUCAUCAAAUUUUGGACAUUAGAAAGCAUUGAUGAAUAACAGCUGUGUAAAAAUUCCAGUAGAGAUGGUAAAAAACCCUCUCAUCAUCAAAAGCAAGCUUGCACAAUUUUUUUUAAUACUUGUUGGAAGUUAAAUAGGUUGAACUUAGGCGGCAAAGGGAAAAUCUAGCUUUGUAUGUAUAAUAAAAACAACAAAAAAUCAACCUGGUGAAUUCAAUGUCCCUUUUUCAAGAGUUCAAGUAGUGCUUGGCUACAUGUAUGUUGUUGUUGUUGCUGCAUAAACAUUUGACACAUCAUCUGGAACUGCUCUUGUUGAUUUUUCACCUGGUCUUAAAAUUGCCUGGACAUUUCUUUCUCUUGUUGAAACAUCAGGUUUUGUUGUGCCAAUGCCCUUUCUUGUUUCUUUCUAAAUUCUAGUUCUUCCUUCUUCAGCUCACAUUCCUUCUCUGUUGCUCCUCUUAAAUAGUCCAUCAUUUUGUUUGGUGUAUGUUUGCUUUUCUUCCGCAGUUGAUCAUCUCCUGCUCUUUUCUUUGUCUCACCAAGACAUUCCCUGGCUUUGUUUCACAUUUCUUCAACAGAAGCUUUUUCUUAAGCUGUUUUAUCGGAAAUUUGGUCGAGGCAAUUUCCUCUUUCACGACUUCCUAAUUUGUAUUUCUACAGUUCAAACAGCAUAACCUCUUUUCCCAACAAGACAUUGUGUUCUUUUGUCCAUUUCAUCACUGAGUUACUGAAAUAGCCAUUAAUAUCUAAUCAAAGACAGUAUAUUUUAAAGGACUGAAAUAUCAAACUUAGACAUGAGUAUUCAAUUGACAAAAAUUUUCAGUAUUUUCAGUAUUUUCAUUGCUAGUGCUGCAUCUUGUGACUACUUGGAAGCAUUGAAAGAACAUUUGUUUACUAUUCAAAACUAAUUUAAAGCCAAUGAAUGGAUAAAAACUUAGAACCUUUGAAUGAAGAAGACUAGUUUCUUUUACACUUUAUCUCUCUUGGUAUCUGAAUUGACCUUAAAAUGCCAAUGUCUCUUUUUAUUUAUUCCCUUACCGUGUGUUUGAAGGGCUUGGGUCAUUCUUUUUGCAGUUUGACAUCUUUCCUAUUUGAUAAAUAAGAACUAUGGUGUGAAUAACAUUCAAUGAAGCAAAAAGCUGCUUCAGGGAAGCUCCUGUCAGUAUAUUUGGAAGGUGUUUGUAGAUUGAGUGUUAGAUUCAGCAAAUAUUCCAAACAAAAGGUACCUUUUGAUGUGUUGCUACAAAGAUGACUUCAAAACAGCUCUUCUGAAGUAGUUGCCUCCUUCAAGAUGAUGCAUGAAAUAAUGCCACAUCCGGUAGCGCAUGUGCAUAAACUACUUCUAGUGUUGAUACCUCGUCAUCCUCUGGGAAGUCAUUGAUUUGUAAGCUCCCUAAUAUCCCAUGUAGGACUCUUCUCAAAUUUCUAAUGAUGUUGGAAAUUUAGAAUGGUGUCUAUGAAUUGAAGAACUUUUGAAAUAGGUAAAAGCUAAUAGUGCUUCAUGUGUAGUCUAAGAGAGUUAAAUAUUUUAAAAUGUUUUAAAUUGUCUACAUGUAUCUCACUGAAAUAUUCCAAAAAAUUUAGAUACAAGUGAGUAUCGGUAUUUAAUUUAUAAGUUGAUCUGAAUGAGUCCAUCACCCACCUGCACUUAAGUAUACUUACACUUAAAUAGUUAGUAAAUAACUAUACAGAAUAUAAUUAACAGCUUUUUAUUAAAAUUAUGAAUAGGGAUUUCAAUAGAAAUCUUUAUUUUCACCGUUAGAUUUUUAAGAAGAUGAGAAUUGGACAAGUACGUGAUCCUUCAGUGGUUUCUGUUGACCAGCUUCCUGAGAGUUACUACUCCAAGGUGAGCAGUAGUUGUUGGGCAAGUAUCCAAUGUAAGCUUUUGAAACAUUUGUAAUAAGGUAAUUGAUACAACACUAUAUCAGGAAGGUAUUCAAGUUUUGAAUGGUACUCUCUCUGAAUAUCAAUUGGUUUUUAGCUUGGUUUUAUUUUAUACUCCCCAUAGGUGGCGUUGAUUGGAUGUGGUCCUGCAUCAAUAAGUUGUGCAACAUUUUUGGCUCGUCUUGGUUACACAAACUUGACAGUAUUUGAAAAAGAGAAUUAUAUUGGUGGUUUAAGGUUUUUAAUUACACUUUUAUUCAGUAUCAAUGUGGUCCUUUUUGUGGAAAAUGAACAGAACAUCUACAUGUAGGUCAUGGUCUUCUUGAUGUACACAGAGUUAAACCUUGUAUGAAGUCAUCCACAGUUGCAGGACUAUUUUUUUCUGAAGGAGGAGCUAAAUUGAAUCAUUUUGUUGUAAGGAUUGAAAUCAAACCAAUAUGUUAAGUUACAGUACAUGCAGUCUUUGUGUUGGAGCUGUAAUUGAUGAGUCUGUAAUGUGAUAUUCAUCUUAUUUAAAGGAAAUGACAACUUAAUUUGUUUUAAAAACCUUAAAGCUGCAUUGAGGUCAGACCAAAACUGAAUGAAUGAUAUAGCAUGACUUAUCCAAUGGUGAACUACAUGCAUUUAUACGCUUCAUUUGUUAUGCCAUGUUUGAGGGAGAUGCUCAUGUACUCUCUGGUAAAGUUGUCAAACAGAUACAUUUACAUUUACAUGGAGAUCACAAUUUUCUGGGAUAGUAUAUCUACAUAAUCAUUAUAUCAUUCCUUUGCCCCCUCCUCUCAGCUCCUCUACAAUCUGUGCUUUUUUUUCUGUGAUAUUGCAACAUCAAAUUUGGAAACACAGCUGGGCUAUUAGUGGCAACCAGCUCUUCAUUUUAAUUUUUGGCUCUUGAUACUUCCCUAGAAGUAGCUUUGUGGAUAUUGUGUUAUGGCAGAUUGUAGCUGUAGAGUCUGGUCCAAUGUCUUGCAACUUUUGCUACACAAGUAGAAAUGGUGCAAGGCAAGAUGCUUGCACCAGCAGACUUGCUUGAAAGAUAGUAGGGUAGAAUUCAUACAGCUGUUUACAUCAUGCUGGAUAUAUUAUUAUGGGCAUCACCAGCGUAUUGAUCACCACCUCUUGAAGUAUGGAGUAAGUAAGAAUUCUCAUAGGAAUGCUGUACUCGUAAUCUGACAGACAUACAUACAUUGGCUGCUCUAAUCAAACUACUGUGAUUUUGUUUCUAAACAGCUCCUCAGAGAUUCCACAAUAUAGGCUUCCAUAUGAUGCAGUUAACUUUGAAGUGGAACUCAUGAAGGACCUUGGAGUCAAGGUAACCAAUUUUGUUUUUCUUCAUGCAAAUUGUAAAGCAUUUUGUUGUAUGCUUUGUUAAUAAACUUUAGUCUAAGUAGUAAAGUUUAGAUGUCAGAGGUGUCAUUGUAGAGUAGGUGGCCUGUUCGUAGACAAAACUUAGGGUGGCUAGUAGCAACAACAGACUGGGGUACUUUGAGUACCCCUUGAAAAUGACACACUUACACCUUUGGAUACUUGUGCUGCUCUUAUGUACCUUAGCUCAAAAUUCUAGAAUACUCCACUACGAGCUAACUUUGGGAAUGUAUCCAGCAAAUUACAUUCAGGGAUUUACACAUGCUUUGAAAGUGAAGUUGUUAGAUGUAACCAAAAAAUCUGUUAGGUCAUUGUUGAGUGGGUAGUCUCGUAGAAUGUUUUGGAAGGACAGUAGGCAGGCAAAGACAUUUUUCGGUAUUAUGCAUUUUAAAUUUCUUGUAAGUUUAUUGUUCUUGAUAGGUCUUUACUUUUCUCUGAAAAAUUUGGAUGUAUUUUUUGAACAUGAUUUUAUUUCAUGUAACCCAUGCAUAAUUCUGCCAACCCUCUGGUUGCUUAACCUCAGCUAUGUUGAUAUCUCUGAAUGAUGGUAUUUGAUAUAGAUAUACGUGGAGAUCAUGCUUGUCUCCUGAAAAAAAAAUGCAAACAAAUUUAAUCCAACCUUGCUGUUGAUAUUUCAGAUUGAACUUGGUAAAGGUUUAGGUAAAGAUGGACUUUCCAUCAAAGCUAUCUGGGAAGCAGGGUAUGAAAGCAUCUUUAUUGGUAUUGGUAAGAUCUGUUCCAUCUUUUGAUUUUAUCACAGUGAUUUUUGAGAGACUGUGGAUUUUCUGUUUGUUUUACAAAAUACUGAUUAAAAAGAAGGUAGCUUCUUUGCUGAGUCUGAUAUGAAUAUUAUCACCUUCACAUAGGUUUUAAAAUAAUCAACUUUUAUCGUCUCCAAUUUAGAGGUAAACAAUUAAAGGUACUCUCUCUAAAAAUCAUCCCACUGGUUGAGUCAAGUUAUGUGAAUUUGACUGCUGAAAAGCUGGGGGUGAUCUCUGUCUGACUUUGUUUAUCUAUUUAUCAAGAUGACUUUUGACAGCUGACCUUGAAAAGCUAUUUUGAUGUGUAUUUCCCACAGCUAAACAGAUUGCAAGGAUGAUCAGUAAUUUUAGAGUGGAUGUACAUGUAAUAAUAUGUAGUUUGUGUAUAUCACAUAAUGACACAGAAUAUGUGGUUGCUAACCAGGUCUGCCUCAGCCCAAGCUAUCACCAGUGUUUGCUGGGUUAAAUGUGCAGAAUGGAUUCUACACGUCUAAAGAUUUCCUACCAGUGGUAUCUAUGGGAAGCAAGGCUGGUAAAUGGACUUAAUGUCUUGAAAACAGUGUUCUCUGGGAGGAACUUAGCACAGAAUUUACUCUCAUCGUUAGAUAUACAUUCUGUCUAAUGGUUACCUUGCUCUGCUUCCCUAUGUAAUCAAUCUUAGCCAGUCUUUGCACAGCCAUUUCCCAACUUCCUUUAUGUAGUUAUAAAUGUGUAUGUGUGAGAACAAGUGCACGUGUGAGAACAAGGGUUAAAAACGUCAGUGGCCACUGAGAGGCAGGAAAUGUGAAAUAUCUGUGGGCUUGGAAUAACAUACAUCCUAGACUCCUCCUCCUUGUCAUCACCAAUUAUCAUUCUUGGUGUGGUGUUUUUAAGCAAAUCAAACCAGUAAAAUUUGAGAUUAUCAUUGGUUACACAAAAGACCCUUCAAACUUAAAUUAUCUACGGUGUUACACUUCUUUUCCCCCCCUCCCCUCCCUACUUUUAUCUGUUCAGCUACUCUGCUUGUACUCAUUAAAUCCAUUGAGGCCCCCAAACUGAAACUAGACUGAAACUGAGUUCAAACUUUGUUGAAGUAAAUGUCUCAAAUUGUUCAGAAAAGCUUACAAACUGAGGAGGACAAAAUGACUCACUGAUACAUAACAUUAUUAAGUUCAAAAGCUUAGAUAACGUGAACUAAGGAGAUAUGAUAGGAUUUUAAAAGUCAAUGUUUCCUUGUAGGUAUGUGUUCCUGUAAAGCAAAACUACCAGAACUCUUUGGACAUGUGAUUGUCCUUGGGUGUGGAGACACAGCCUUUGACUGUUGUACUUCUGCUCUCCGUUGUGGAGCUCGCAAAGUAUCAGUCAUCUUCAGAAAAGGCUUCACUAACAUAAGAGCAGUGCCAGAAGAGGUCAGUUAGGUUAUUUUCUUCUUGGUACAUGUUAUUAUAGGUUAACAAAGGGAAAGUUUGAUUGCUAGUCAAACUUUCAACAACUUGCAACUCAAAUGAUGCAGAUAGCAUUUUCUAACUACAACUCAAAUUUCCCAGAUAAAACACAAUGAAAGACAAACACAUUUUCUUUCAAUCAGCUUUACUUUGUAUCUUCCACAAUUUUGACUGUAACUUGGCUGGUGGUAUUUGUCCCAUGGAAUGAAGUGAUGGGCAUGGCAGAGUGGUGAAGCGAGGGUGGUUCAGGUCUUGUAGAAUGCGGUCUAUUUGCUCACAGUUAUUAUCAAAUUGCUUUGACGUUGGUGUCUUCACUCAACUUCAAUCUGACUGACCCUUUCUUGAUCUCAGUUUACAACCUCCUGGAAUGGAGAGUAUGCUUCUUAAAAAAAUGGUGCAGUUUCUAUUCUUCUUUUGGAUCCUUUAAUUUUAUUAAGGAGUUUGAAUUCUAACGUGAGGUAUAACAAUGACCAAUGUUGAGCCAAAUUCUGCGAAUGGAUUGUUGCAAACAUGGUAUACAUGUACUGUAGCUCUAUGUGCAUAUCAGGGCCUCGGGGUGAUUGACUUUCUUUACUUACUAUAGAUGCAACUGGCUGUCGAAGAGAAGUGUGAAUUCUUGCCUUUUCUGUCACCAAAAAAGGUUUGGAACUCAUCUUGUCUUUUUUCCUUUUUGUAACCUGGUAAUUCACUUAGUUAAAUUUAUCCUAAAAAUUGAGUUUAAGGUUAAUGGUGCCAAUUAUGUUUGGUAUAUGAAUUUAAGGUUCAUGUUAAAGAUGGAAAAAUCUGCGCUAUGGAGUUCAGCAAAACAGAGCAGGUUUGUUUGCAAUCUCAACGUCAGUUUUAUUGUGUUAUGUUUAGAUAUAAUUGUCAAUUAACUCUGAUCGAUGUUUAUGAUGCCUUUUAAUUUAGUUGGACGAUGGUUCAUGGAUUGAAGAUGAAGAACAGACUCUAAAGAUAAAAGUAAACUUUGUCAUUUCAGCGUUUGGUUCCACUCUUGCUGAUAAUGAUGGUAAGGGACUGUUACUGUAGUGAACUCCUUUUUGACCACCUUGCGCACUCGUGAUGAAAUGUUUGAUGCGAAAUUUAUAUCCACAUGGGUCCUUCAUCUAUUGAUAACAGAGUUCCGUGGUUAGUCGAGGAUUCGUGUCUUCUGACAGUAAUUUUUUUUUCUUUGGAGGACACAAAGGGGGAUAUCGCGAAAAUGAACGCAUUGCAUUUAAAUGUUUCUUAAUAGGACUAUUUUAACAGAAGAACUGGGCUCCAUACUAAAUGAAUAAAUGACUCAAUUUCUGAGUAGAGUGGCUCAUUACCACUGUGAUUCUGUGUUAAGAUCUGAGUUGAUUCCUUUUUCAAUCCUUUUUUCCAUUCAUGACUGACCUAGAUGAUGAUCCUAUUUUGGCCUAAGUCUCCGUGGACAUGUUCUGUUUAGACAUUUUUCUCAUAGUAAUAUAUUUUGUAGCAAAUGGUAUUUAGUAAGUAGCAAGCCAGGUUGAAUAUUGCUCAAAAGGCAGACCGUGAUUUGGUGUACCCUUUGGGGUUAUGAUAUUUUGAUUCUUUUUUGACGCAGUACAGGUCCAUUACAUUUUAUAUUCCAUUGCUUCAAUUUCGCAUAAAACAUGUGAAUACGUGGUGAAGAUGCAAGUAUUGAAUAAUUGCAAACAUUGAAUGAUGCUGCAAGAAAUUUUCAGUGAACAACAUAUAGUGUUGUAGAUACAGAAGCAGUUCAUGUACAUUGUGGAUUGUAAUUGUAACAGUUAUCAAAGCCAUGGCACCUUUGAAGUUCAGUAAAUGGGGACUCCCAGAGGUGGAUCCACACACAAUGAGUUCAAGUGAGCCUGGAAUAUUUUGUGGAGGAGACAUUGCUGGAGUGGCGAACACAACAGUGGAAAGUGUUAAUGAUGGAAAGCAAGCUGCCUGGCAUAUUCACAAGUAUUUACAGGUUUGUCCUUAUCUCACAGUAGAAUGGACAGAAAUGUCCUGUUUGAUUUAUUUUCAUGCUAUUUGUUAGAGGCUCACUAAAAGCGGUUAAUAGCUCUAACGCACGAUGAUGUCUGUCAUUUACUGAAAAUUCACCCCAAGCCUCGUUUGUACUAAAAUAUUGUGCCAAAAUAUCAGUCUUAAGUUAUUUUAAUAUGAGUUACUUUAUUGAUGUUUUCACGAGGGUAUUCUUUCGAUUUCAGUGUUCUAGGAAUAAUUUCUGAUUAACAAUCAACAGUCCGCGCUUUGAAAGCGAGGCUAGGGGGUGAAAUUGUAUAUUCCUACGUAAAUGUGCACAAGACUCAUUUAUGAUAACACGGAUUGAAACUUAAUAAAGACUGAGGUAAACUCUUUCGCUACUUAGUCUAAGCACAAUUAUUUGUCUUGAAUUCCUGUUCCUCUGUUUUAAGACACUUUUUCUUGAACCUGUGUUCAAUCAUGCUGUUGUGUACAAUCCGAACCCUGGAACAAGCUGGGUACUUUCACUGAAUAUUUCCAUUCCAUCUGUCAGCGUAUUAACAAAUCAUUUAACAAAUCAUUUUAAAAUCUGCUACCUCUCAAUCCCUUAUUGCUACCUAACUGUUACAUAAUUACAUCCUAAAUUUUCUUUCAGUACCAGUCUUGUGUAAUGAAUUUGUCUAAGUGUCAUUUACACCAUUAAUUUUUCUUGUUGUGUUCAUGGAUACAACCUCGAUUAGGUGUUUUCAAAUCACCUACUGAUGACUGCAUACCUUUUAAAAACUGUGAAAUUGACAAAAUGCAGUGCGCUUGGUAAAUGGUAGAUGAAGGAAAAACUUUAGACCGCGAGGUUGACUAAGGUUCAUAACGCUUCAGGUACGGCUAUCAUUUCAGCUGACUCUUACCAGGUCAGUGAACUGUAAUGAUCGUUUCAAAGUUUUCCUUCUGGACUUGAGGAACCUCUUUACGUUCACAUUCGCAACAAAAUUUCAUAAAUUCAUUCAUGUGUGUACUCGUUUCGCGGUACGUGAUAAUUUAUCUCUGGCUAUUGGAAGCGAAAAAAUUUCAUAACGCAGUGCAGUGCUCGUCCUAAACUCGCUACUCGGCUCUACCGUUCUGCGUUCUUGGUUGCCUGCGUGGCAGAAUUGAUACACUUUCAAGGAAUGAUAUUCCUCGUAGCAGAUCUGCAUAAACUGACUCACUGUGUCUCGGUUGUAUCUCGACGUUUUACGAUUUAAUUUAGUGGAAACCUUUGUCUUUCUGUGUGUCACGGUUGCUUUCUCUCUCUUUGGAUGCUCGUACAAAUCAAGACUACUCAAAUUUGGUGCGUUCCUUUAGUAAUCAGAAACUAUAUUCUUACUUCUGAAUAUGAUUUACGUACAUUGUUUACCUCUCCUUCUAAUGUCUAUUGUAUCAAACCUUGGAGACCAUCACUAACCUUUCUUUAAACGGAUGAAAGUCUGUCCUUUUGCUUAUCAGAUGACUUUUUGAACCAGUGUAGAUUCUCUCUCACGUUACUAGAUGAAUUGUAACAACAUAAUUGAACUGUUGUCACAGGCACUAUACGGCUUACCAGUACCAAAGGAGCCGUGUUUGCCGAAGUUCUACACUCCUAUAGAUGAAGUAGACCUCAGUAUAGACAUAUGUGGAUUAAAGUUUGUGAAUCCAUUUGGCUUAGCAAGUGCACCUCCAACUACCAGUGCUGCCAUGAUCAGACGAGGAUUUGAAGCUGGCUGGGGAUUUGCCGUAACGAAGACUUUUGCACUUGACAAGGUAAUAAAAGAUUUGCGCGCCCUUUGUCAUCAUCUGAUUGUCGCAGGUUAUAUCACCAGCGUUAACGUCGAAAAAAACAGAACAUGAAAUUGAAAAUGUUUGGCAAGAAUAGUUGGACUUGUUGUUGACAUUUGCUUUCAAGUUUUCACUAAGUGUAAACUUGAAAGCACUGUGUAAACUUGAAAGCACUGUGUAAACUUGACUGUGUAAACUUGAAAGCACUGUCGCUAUCGAAGGAGACGUAAUAGGACUGGCAGAUAGUUCUGUGGGAAGAAAUUGUUUUCGUUAAAUAACAUUAUCUGAUCUGAGAGGAAGUCAGAAUCCCAAUAUUUAGAAAGAUACUGUCAUGGAAAAACUGUAGCCAUACUGCACCUGCUUACGUAGCUAUGCAAAUUUCUAAUCUUUCCGCUUGUGUUUAAGGAUGUUUUGUUGUUGUUUUUCCAAUAUAGGACAUUGUAACUAACGUGUCACCUCGCAUAGUGCGCGGAACAACCUCAGGUCAUCUGUAUGGCCCAGGUCAAGGUGCUUUUCUCAACAUAGAACUCAUCAGUGAAAAGACAGCAGCUUAUUGGUGUCGCUCUGUGACAGAGCUCAAGAAAGAUUUUCCCGACAAGGUUUGUGUUAUUUGUAAGCGGAUAUAUUUUUUUACUGUUAACUGGUUCACAGAGAUAUUAAUUUAGGUUAAAGUUGAAACCUUGUUCGUAGGGGAUAGAAUAUGUGGCUGUUUGUAAAAAGUACCCAUUUACACCCCCUUGCAGUGUUGUUUGAACAAAUUUUAUCCGAUGAAAACAAAGAAGUUUUUAAUUAAGUGAUAUCGAAACUGUGAAAGGUCGAAUGGGGGUCUUAAUCGGAUGUUCCCACCAUUUUCCCAAUAAUUCUAGUAUGGCUGUAGUUGUCAGUUAUGGCUUCAACGCUUGAAAACAACACAUUUAAGUAUUUUUAAUUUUAAAGUUUUUUGGUGGAAACACGUAAUUCCAAAUUUUACAUUGUCUGCAAAAGAAAUUUAUUGUGCUCUGAAAACUGAAAUGGAGAAAUGACAGUAGCUGAUUUAAGUUGAUAAAUUUGUCCGGAGAUGGUUUUACGUCAUAUGUAUUUCGUUCAUGAAAAUAUGAUUCAUAAUUUCUAUUGUAGGAUAAUAAGGUUAAGACUCUCAUUUUUGUCUUGCCAGAUCGUAAUUGCCAGCAUUAUGUGUGGAUAUUCCAAGGAAGACUGGACUGAAUUGGCUAAAAUGGCCGAGGUAAUUUAAUUUGUCUGAAAAAUUAAAAUAUACUCGCCAAGGUCUUGUGUAACAAACAAGGUAUAGAAUCCAUUAGAAACUUGGAGAAAAACAAAAUUAUUGUGGUGAAAACUAAUUUCUUAUCCAGUCAAAAGUGUUAAUGACAAAAAUUCUCAGUAAACAAAAUCCUAUCAAACUUGUAAAUCAGUCUGCGAAUGCCCCACUGUUUUUGACUAAAGGAAUUAGAAACUAAAAUGUCGCCUGAAAAACAGAACAGCAGUUGUUGUUUGAAAUUUUAUUCUGAUUUCGAAAAUAAAGUAAUUCAAAGAGCAUUGUAUUGUUAUCAUUGUUAUGACAAGUGUCAGUCCAAACCCAGUAACAACUGAGUAUAUCAUGACUUUAAUUCUCAUAUGAAAUUAUGUUCUGUCAAAGUUAAAUGUUUAGUUUAGAAAGGUUCAACUUAAGCAAAUUGUUACACCUGAAUCAUUUGUUAAAUGAUUCUCUUACAGGAUUCAGGAGCAGAUGCACUAGAAUUAAACUUAUCAUGUCCACAUGGAAUGGGAGAGAGAGGCAUGGGUCUAGCUUGUGGUCAGGUGUGGGUGGCUCUCCUUGCAUUUUCCGUUAUAUUCAACCAACUGAACCAUAUUAGUCUCGCACGUUAUGUUACAUUGGGAAAAUAUUUCCAUUUGGGUGCAUUUAUUUAGCAUAGUCGUUUGUUUUUCUUUUUUUUUUUUUUUUUUUUUGCAGAUUAACUAAAGUUUAGGGUAUUUCAGAAAGCAUCGAUGGAGAUAAAAUAGGGUGGAAAUUUUAAAGGAGUUUUUGGCAGUUCAGAUUGCGAUUUUUUGAAAAAGGUUCUAAAAGAAAACGUUUGUGGUUUUGUGGCAAUUUCAUGUUAAGGAUUUUCCCGACCAGUGUGAAAGAAAAGAGCUUUGACAAGCAGACUGAGUUGUCUAGUUUGCAACAUGUACAUUUUCCAUGUUGAACUGCGCUUGUUGUCGCCAAUUUUGACAAAUAUUUGCCAACAUAUUUGAACGUUAUUCGAUGUUUUCAGUCUUCGUUAUAAGUAAUUUUGUGAUCUUAAAUUGUAUGAUGUAAAACGACGCAGAUGCCAGCAGUAGUUCUUAGAUUAUCUUUCAGGUAUACAGUAAAGGUAAAAAUUGUAUUCACUAUGAAGGUUGUUGCAGUCAAAUUUUACGUUAUAAUUAUUGUUCAUCGACUGUUCUUUCAGCGAUGCAAAGUUUAAAAUGAAGAAAUUCCAUUUCCGUUACCGACCAUAAAUUUGCAACGGCUGUUUGGUCUUCUCAUCUGCUAUGGCAUUUUUAUCCCAUACUUAUUAGCUUGUUAUUUGUCGGCUCAUUUCACCUUUUUGUUCCUGACGUUUGCAUGUAGAAAAAGUAAUCGAAUAUAUUAUUUUUACAGGACCCAGAAUUAGUCCGAAACAUUUGCCGAUGGAUACGAAGUGCCAUUAAAAUUCCAUUUUUCGCAAAAUUAACCCCAAAUGUCACGGAUAUCGUCAACAUUGCCAGAGCUGCCAAAGAAGGUAUGAUUUGUCUUAAAGUUGAUUGGAAAUGGAAUAGAUGAAGUGUUUUCUCUUUUCUUCCAACUUAAGUGAUCCUGGGGGCCAUUCUUACCUACUUACCCGUAAGAUACUUAUGCUUAUCCCUUCCAUUGGUUAGAGUCCUUGGAAAGAUGAAAGGAUAUGUAAUAAUGAAAAUCAGUUACGGCAUAGUGAACACUUCUUCCCAACUAGUGCCGGAUUUUGUCGUGGACAAGCGUGUCAUCGAACCUACUUCAGCGUCCUUUGAACUAGUGAAUCUCCAGGAAGUAACUGAAAAACUAUAGGCCUUAAAAACAUUGAAAGCUCAAAAUUCGUAGAUAAAAGAGAAAGAAAGAGAGUGCUUUUUAAUGAGGUGUACAGUUUAUCCGCUGUUUUUUUUUUCGUUGCGUAUUGAAGGGGACUGGGACUCACCAUGCUCUCUCAAUUUUUCUGCAUUUUUUCCCUUUCGGGAAAUACCACCCACGUGCAAAAUGGCAGCAUAACAAAGUAUGGCAGGUUACUUCGAAGCGCCGAAAAAACUGAAAAUAAAAGCUGACUGAACUGAAGGGAAUCAUUAGACUUAAAAACUAAUCGGACUCGAAGACACGAGUUAGAAUGUUUCAAAAUUCUUGGAAAGAAAGUUUCACAAGGACGAAAUGUACUGUUAUGUAUGUAGGAGGUUGUCCUGCUCUGGCUGAUGAAAGAAGUUCUUUGUACAUUGGUUGUGCAUCUGGUGGGAAAUUAAACCAACUAAAGGAAAUAAGACCAAAAAUCCAACCGAUUGAGUUUUUAUUUUAAUAUAUUCCUCAUUAGUUUUUUUGGAAUUGAACCAAGGAGAAGUGGAAUUCAAAAAUAUUUUCUUAUCCUGUGACGUCUUACUCAUACAAUGAUAAAUUAGUAAUUAGAGUGAUUGUUCGAAGUUUUUGUUUUUAGCAACGCAAAGUUUGAAAUAUAAGUUUAAAAAAUUGAGAACAUUGCAAGGAUGAGUACAAGGGACUCGUUGCUGUGUACGGCUAUUGACAAAAAAGUGUUCGCUCUGCUCUGUCUUGACCACAACUAAAUAAACUAGAGCUUAAUAAUUUUGCUUUUCCACAAAGAUCAUGAUAGCGAGAACUGCUACCUUAAACUUCUUCGUUAGCCACAAUUUACUUAGAAAGACUAAAAAAUGCUUUAAUGAGUUUACUGACCUCCUGUUCUCUUAGGAUAAGCUGAAUAAAGGGCAACCGUGAAUAUGUCACAAGAGGACACCUUUUUAAAUAUACAAGUUUGCCUUAAUUAUUUAUUAUUAUUAUUUAGAUACGUUACCGUACCUUCCGUACCUUACCUUGACCCUCCAUGAAUAGUAGAAGCUUGAUGGAAACCUUUAGGACUUUCAAGGACUCAUGGAAUUCCAAUAUGAAGUGAAAAGCUUCAUUAUUGUUUCAGGUUGUGCUGAUGGAGUGACUGCUACUAACACAGUGUCUGGCUUGAUGGGCCUGCGUCCGAACAGUGCUGCAUGGCCAGCAGUCGGAAAAGAACAAAAAACUACUUAUGGAGGUGUGUCCGGCAAUGCAAUUCGACCCAUUGCAUUACGAGCUGUAUCUGCAAUUGGCAGAGCCCUUCCUGGUUUUCCAAUCUUAGCUACUGGGGGAGUGGAUAGUGCCGAAGCAGCGCUACAAUUCCUUCAUUGCGGAGCAUCUGCUGUUCAGGUGAAAUGCUCAUCCUUGUGCUUUGUGGAUUAAAAGUGUGUAAUAAGUUAACUUAGAAAAUUUAGGGCUGUUAAGUAAGAAAAAUCGACUGUUGAACUUAAUGAAUCCUUUUUGUUUUUUAACGGAGUGAAACAGGGCUUUCUUAGUUGCUUACAUAAUAACCUAAGUACGAAACUGGCCUCAAAACUUAUAAGAUCAAAGAAAAGGAAAGAUAACAUAGCCCAACGUCAUUUAGUGGCAUUCGUAUUUCGUGAUAACCGAGUAUUGCGUGUUCACAAGUUUGUUUUCCUCGUUAAAGAAUAUUUACCUUCAUAAUCUUACCUCUCUUUCGAUAGACUUUCAUGUACAAAAAUUUACCCUGAAGACAAGUGAAAUUUGCUUCGAAAUAUUUGGAAGUAGAAGAGUAGAAUAGAGAACAGCGUCCGUCUCGAAUUUGAUGAACUACGCUGCCAUGAUGGAUUGUCUAGUGGAGAUGUCAAGUGACAAUAAAUAUGGUCAUGGUCGGCAAAGCCCCCGUCUUCUACCAAUUUGUAAUUUGUUAUUUUCUAUCCAGGUAUCGAGUGCUGUACAAAACCAAGACUUCACCCUAAUUGACGAUUACACGACUGGUUUGAAGUGCUUGCUUUAUCUUCAAACUGUUCAAGAACUCUCUACAUGGAAUGGCCAAAGUCCUCCUACACCCAAACACCAAAAAGGCAAAACUGUUCCUAAAAUAGCUGAGCUUGUGGGAAAGGUCAGACAACAUGACUUAACGUACUGUUUUAUGGAUUGGUGUUCUUAGAUUGAUUGAGAAUUCUAAAAGUUGCCCUAUGAAUUACUCACCUUUUCAUGCAAGGGAGGGGUCAGUGGGGUGGUCGGAGGGGUUGGUGUGAGUCAUCGCUUUUGUGCCUUAGUAAGGUGUAGAUCUAUGUCGAUUGGAUGAUUGAUCGUCGCUUUUUUCUGAAUGUUAUAUGUAGCUUUAUAAUGGAACUUUAUAGAAACUUCUUUUAUGUGCGUUCCCGCUGCCGCUACUACCGUUCUAUUUAUUAUUAUUAUUAUUAUUAUUAUUAUUAUCAUCUUGGUGCUUAGCAGUCGAGUUCGUAGAAAUGUAAGCUAGAGACAUAGCUGGCAAAACGGCAACCGUCCAUACAGCUUUGGUAGAUCUAAGAUUGUUUCUAAAAAUCGUAAUUUAUCCAAAUAUAUCCUAACUAAUAUACCCAAACUAAAACGACCAGUACAUCCGGGAACCGAGGGGCAUAUUUUUCGUAUGUGACACGAAUGGCGAUACGAAUGACGUCACAAUCCCCGCCUCGGUUUGUUUGUUGUUUAGAAAAUUAAAUGGCGGCAAGAUUUGCUGUGGUAAGUGACGAUGAAGUAAAUGCAUUUUCCGAACAACUAGAGAUCGAGAACACCACAAUAAACAAUGACAUCACAUGACCAAGGACACCACAAUGAAUCAUUUUAAAGGAAAUUCUCGAAAGUUGUGACGAGACAGAGGUAAAUUUUUGUUCUAUGCGUGCUGAACAGCCUUCAAAGGUUCGAAGUGAAAAGAGGCUGACAAUUUACAGUAUCUGAUGAUCAAGUCAGAGUCAGCAGUCGAAUUUUCAUUUAGCUGUAAAAGCAGUUCACAUGUAUUUUUGGCCUAAUUGACGGUGUUUUUUGUAAAACUUUUAUAAUUUGGGCACCGGGUAUUUUGUUAGUAUACCCAGUAUUUGUAUUAAAGCCUGCUAGAGAUAUUUAUUCAGGGAAUUUCUAUCUUAACAGUCCCUUCCUAGUUUUGGACCAUUCCUUCAGGAAAGAAAUGCUGUUGUUGCGAGGUAUAAAGAAAACAUUGACCUAUUGGGUAAAGAAUUUGAGCCCGAGGAAGUCAGGCCAGCUUUUAAACCGGACAAACCUGCUCUACCACUCAAGGUAACUUGAAUACUGAAUGUUCACCAUAGAGGGCACAGUUUGAACAUUCAGGGGAUAGAGAGGAAUCUAUUUUUAAAUACCUUCAGUGAAUUCUUGUAAUUAUCUUUCGUUCUGUGUCUAUAAAGUAGAAAUUUCUGGUAUGAAUUCAUUUCUUUUAGCAUCUGCAUUUUACUUUGGCAGGAUGUAGUUGGCGCGGCUUUGGACCGAAUUGGCUCCUAUGGUGACCUGGAUAACAGGCAACAAGUUGUUGCUGUAAUUGACGAAGAUUUAUGUAUAAACUGUGGCAAAUGCUACAUGACUUGUAAUGACUGUGGCUAUCAGGCUAUCACCUUUGAUGCUCAAACACAUCUUCCGCAUGUUACUGACGACUGUACUGGCUGUACAUUGUGUUUUUCUGUUUGCCCAGUUAUCGGUAAGACUUCGUCAGAUACUUUAAUAUCAGACCUCUCAUGUAGGCUGUCUGCUUCCAAUGUGUUGGGUUUUUUCCCCCUACUCAACAAAAGUUCCCUUGUACUAGGUUGCCAAGCAUUUCAGUUGUAAGGAGGCUGAAGGCGACCUAGUUAAAAUACAAACCCUGUCGGUAUUCGGAUAGGUAUUAAUCUGUUAUCAUGCUAGUUUCUUGUCUCUAUCGUGGCAAGGACAACUUAACCCUUCGCCCUCCGGCCUCAAAGGUGAAAUUGACAUUUAAAGGCUACAAAACUUUAAAAUUGAUUGAUGCUUACUGAAAAUAUUGAUGUCAAUGAAUGAUGGUUGAUGUCAAUUAUUUUGAGAAUUUAAUCGAUGAUGGCUUUUUUCUUGCAGAUUGUAUCAAGAUGGUUCCGAGGGGAGGUCCUUACAAGCCAAGCCGUGGUGUUCCGCUGGCUGUUAUUGGAGAGGCAUAAAUUAAAUUCAAUCAGCAGUCGAACUGACUGCUGAACUUUUGGCAGUCCACAUCAAUCAUUAGACAUUUUAGAGUGUGCCGAGUACUUUCUCCACAGGGAACACUCUUUUUUUUCUUUUUGUGGUCUUAAAUCCGUUAUGAUUAUUUAACUUGAGAAGGGUUGGGAAUUGGACGAUAAUUAUUUGUUUCAUUCUGUUAUCCUUUUUAUGUUUUUGUGCCUUAGGGAAGCUUACCUUUUAUACAACUACGAUGAUGCUAGAGAUGAUACUAGUGAUAUCGAACAGGUGAUACGCAAAAUCAGUGAUGACUGUGUGGUCAAGAAUCGUGAUCAUGAGCAUAGUUAUCGAUGUUCUCAGUAAAUUUCGUUUUGUACUUAAUGCAAAUAGUAAUAAAAAUCUCCCUUCAG